GUGGUUUUUCUUCGGCCGAAGUUUACCACCCAACGUCACCGGCUCAUCCACUGUCCAAACUUUCCACUUCUUUCUCUUCUUCCUCUUUUUCUGUCAUCCACCACAAUCCAGCCCAGACCGAUUCCAACCCGACAAUCCAAACUAUCAUCUGCCCAAACACAUACCACCAAUCUUUAACCCCAAGACCACAAACAAAAUGAACAACGACGACCUAAUAAAAUACGCCUCCGACGCCGCCUCGCGCGGCGACGACCUCUUCGCCCUCCUGACCUCCGAGACCAUCCCAAUCGACGCCACCUCUCCCGAAGCCGACAUCCGGCGCGCCUUCCGACGCAAAGCUCUGACCGCGCACCCGGACAAAGCCGGCGACGCCUACGACCCUUUGCUCUACGAGCGGCUCGAGCGGGCGCGCGAUGUGCUGCUCCACGCCGAGGCGCGCGCCGCCUACGACAACGGCAUGCGCGCCAUCCUGCAGAAGAAGGCGACGCUGGACGCCAUGUCGGCGCGCCGGAGAAAACUGGUAGAGGAGCUGCACGAGCGCGAGGAGGCGGCGAAACGGCAGAAGAUGGACGAGGAGAAGGGGAAAAUGCAGGUGGCGGCGGAGGUGGAGGCGAUGGCGAGGAAGGGGAGGGCGAAGUUGGAGGAGAGGAGGAGGUUGAUGAGGGAGGCGGAGGAGAGGGAGCAGAAGGCGGCUAUGGCUGAGGCUGUUGAGAAGGAAAAACGAAAGAAGGAGGAGGAGGACGUAAAAAUGGGCGGUACCGGUACCGAACAAAAAAAGCAAGCAGAGAUGCCCCCAGCAGCAGCUGACGGCGUCGACGAAAAUGGAGGAGAUGAUUACGACUCCAAGAUUGCCGAGCUAGAACGCAAGCUCGAAGAGAAGCGACAGCGGAAAGCAGAGAAGGAGAAGAGGAAAGCGGACAAGAAAGCGGGCGCGGGCAAGGACACGGAAAAGGACAAGGACAUCCAAGACAAACCCCCAUCCACCUCCACCUCCAAAUCGACACAAGAAGAAGAGUCAAAGGCUGACGAAAACAAGGCAGCCCAGCCACCACAGUCAGCACCGGUGCCGACGACGGAAACAGCUGCUCCUGCUACGGGAGAGCCUGCGAAACCAGCAGCAGCCGGUGGUGGUGGCUUCGCGGCUACCAUGGCGAGGCUGAAAGCCGCUCAGGCGAAGCGGGAUGAAGAACGGAGGAAGCGAGAGGAUGCUGAAGCUGCCGCGAUGCAGGCUCAGUCGUCGUAGUUUCUUUCUGCUUGUCCCGUGUUUUCGCGAGUCCUCAGUCAUUGCAGUGCACCUUGUCGUCGCAUUGCCGGCGACUGUCACUCUUCUUUGCGCAUCAUAGCAUGAUACCCAGUUAGUUUCCUUGUGUCCGUAGUCUCAUGAAAAGGUUUAGAGUUACCUAUUCAGAAGUAUAGUCAAAUAAACUUUGUCCAAACUCUC